CCCCUCCUGCUUUGUGCAUAAUUCUACUAGUACUCUACGCCUCAUUUCUCCCCCAGGGCUUUCAAGGGUUUUAGUCUUUCAUCAAUUUUCCAUCCUAUAAUCCAAGAAAAUGAGCUCAAAAGAAGGCUCAACCAAGGGCGGCAGGGGUAAGCCAAAAGCAUCAAAAUCCGUCUCCAGAUCUCAAAAAGCCGGUCUCCAAUUCCCCGUCGGUCGUAUCGCCCGUUUCCUCAAGGCCGGGAAGUAUGCUGAUCGCGUCGGAGCCGGAGCACCUGUCUACCUCUCGGCCGUUCUCGAGUAUCUUGCCGCUGAGGUGUUGGAGUUGGCGGGGAAUGCGGCGAGGGAUAAUAAGAAGAACAGGAUAGUGCCUAGGCAUAUUCAGUUGGCGGUGAGGAAUGAUGAGGAGUUGAGCAAGCUGUUGGGGUCGGUUACUAUUGCUAAUGGAGGAGUUAUGCCUAAUAUUCAUCAAAACUUGCUGCCUAAGAAGGUUGGGAAAGGUGGGAAAGGGGACAUUGGCUCUGCUUCUCAGGAGUUUUAGUUGAAGAGAAAAUUGUAGGCGUUAAUGUAAUUUAUUAGUUGUGUUCUUCUUUAUGGAUUGUGAAUUUGGGCUUGUUUCUUGGAAUGAUUUGGUCCCCCUGAGAAAUGAAAUUAUGAAAUUUUCUCUGCAUUAGUCUUU